AUGUGUCAAUCGUAUCGUCCGCAACUGCCGGACUACCAAGGCCAAUCGUCAGACUGGGGAGCUGGCCCCGCCGAGCAUAACGCUGCGAGAGCGCAGCUCGUUCGAGCCAUUCAACACACGGCGUACGCACCCGAGUUGGAGCUGUUGCGGAAGGGUAAGUCGCUGCCAACCAAACACAUCCUUUCACCGCUCUACCCCUUCCUCGACGAACAAGGCACCAUGUACUUGGGGGGUCGACUGCAGAACUCGGACUUGCCGUACGACGUGAAGCACCCCAUGAUCCUGCCGCAGAACCAUGUGGCAACCGAAAUGCUGGUGCGUGAGUUACACCUGCGUAAUCUCCACGUCGGACCGGCGCUGCUGACUGCUACCAUCUAUCAACAAUACUGGAUCGUUGGAUGCCAGACGGUGGUACGCAAGGUGGUCCACGGAUGCACGCGGUGCGUCCGUCUCAAAGGAAAAACUGCCAAUCAGCUGAUGGGCAAUCUACCGCCGGCAAGGGUGCUAGCGACACGACCAUUUUCACACGUCGGCGUUGACUACGCUGGACCUGUUAAACUCAAGGCCGCCAGCGUUCGUGGAGUCAAGGUAACCAAGGGGUACAUCGCGAUGUUUGUGUGCCUCUCAACCAAGGCAGUACAUCUGGAGGUAGCAAGCGAUUUGUCCACGAACACCUUCAUCAGCGUCCUCAAGCGAUUCGUAUCCCGGCGCGGAUACCCCGUCGAAAUCUGGUCGGACAACGGUACCAAUUUCGUUGGCGCUGAUCGAGUUCUGCAGGAGUUCGUCGAGCAGAUCCAGUCCAACGGCAAGGAAGCAGCGCGAUUCUUGUCCAACCUGGGCAUCAUAUGGACCUUCAACCCUCCCUCGGCACCGCACAUGGGCGGUAUUUGGGAGGCCGCGGUCAAAAGCACCAAGAAGCACCUGGUGGCCGAACUCGGAGACGAAACCAUCACGUUCGAAGACUUGUCAACAAUUCUGUGCCAAGUCGAGGCUUGCCUGAACUCGCGGCCACUUUGCGCUCUCUCCAGCAACCCGGACAGUGUUGAAGCCUUGACUCCGGGGCACUUUCUAGUUGGGCAGCCGAUGAACCUGGUUCCCGAGCCCGACGUGCAACACCUGCCUGUCGGACGACUGGAUCACUGGCAAGCGCUCCAGAGACGCGCUGCUAAUAUCUGGAACAGAUGGAGAGAUGAGUAUUUGACGAGCCUACAACCGCGCAACAAGUGGCGCACACCCCAGCCCAACAUCGAGGUGGAACAGCUGGUCCUCGUGAAGAACGACAACGCUCCGCCGACCCAGUGGGAGCUAGCACGAGUAAUGGAGGUCCAUCCGGACGCAACAGGAGCGGUACGCACGGUGACUCUUCGGCGCGGUUCAACCGUGUACCAACGCCCGAUCCACAAGCUGUGCCUACUCCCGAGAAAUUGAGACAGUGGCCUCAAGGCGGGGAGGAUGUUCCGGAGUUCCCGAACGACCCCUAGCAGAACGACGCCGUCGCAAUCGCAGUGGGUAUUCCCACCUUUUCACCGCCGUGUGCAGGAGCACGCUGCCGCCAUCAUCAUUCCAAACCGAGACGCCGCGACGAACGGACGUAGAAAAGAAGGAGAAAAGUACCGUUAGAAUAAAAUUAGUUCGUAGAAUUCGCGCGCGUGGUUUUUAUUUAUUCGUUCCUCUUCAGAAUCCGGAAAUCUCGGUCCAAGUUCGGGAUGUUUACAGUCCACUUUUUCACCGCAACAACAUAAGUAAAGUUUAGUUAUAACCAUAUGAAUUUAUAGUGACGGUCAUAAGAUUGUCUAUGAAAAUUGCGAGAGGCUAGUGGAUACUGAAAUCAGGCAGCACAUAAGAUGUAGACUUAUGAAAAUCUUACAUUCUUUUUCCUCAGUGAUAUUGACUACCCAAGUAACCAUCCAGCACUAAAACAAAUCAUUAACCAGCAACAUAUUGGCACUCCAGUGCUAAUCAACCAUUAAACAGCACAUGUUAAUGCGAAUCAGCAUUUAUGAAGCUGCACUGUGAAAUGCUGAUAUAUGGCUGAUUAGGUGCCGCAGCUAGCAACACUGUCAUGAUAUAACAAUAAACUGGCAGCUCGAUUACUAUUUUGAGUGAUUAGCGAAAGAGAGAGCACAUCGAACAAAACAAACCGAUUGAGAUUCUCGCUCACUCAUCGGAAGAAAUAACCAGCAGCAAAAUGCUGGUUUAAUUCUGUAAAAAUCAACGAAAUGAGGAAAGAUCAAGCCAAAACAUAACAUUGCGGCGAUGGCCUUUUCAAGGCUGGUACUCGAAAAAAAUCACGUUAAACCAAAAACAACACCCACAAAGUGCACGGGAUAAACGACCCUGCUAAACCCGUGAAAUUUUGGUCCACGGGCUGGCAGUUAGCAUAGUUUUAGUGUUGUAUAUUGUGUUUGUUAAUAAAUUGAAAUUUUCUAACCA